AUGGCGAAAGUGACUGGUGCCGUUAUUGUCUGCGCUGUGGUUCUAGCCCUGGAUAUGGCUGCCGGAAUACUAGCAAUUCUGGCUCAGGAUGCGCGAAACAAGGUCAAAUGCGAUGUACAAGGGUACCGGUUGGGCAUGGCCGCGUCGCUGCUCUUUAUAGCUGCCCAUUUAUCAGCCAACAUAUCUGGCUGCCGCGACUGCAACUGCAACUGCAGCUGCGCCUGCUGCUGCUACAGCUACAGCUGCCGGCCACAACUGAAGGACAUCCGGGCAUCCAUGAGUAAAAGGAUGAAUUUGACGAUUACAUGGGUCUCAUUGGCCGUGUUCCUCGUCGGAGGCGUGCUGCUCGUCGCCGGGACCAGGUGGUGCGGGUUCGUGCACGGCCAUGCCGUGGGCAUCGGAGCCAUCCUGUGCUUUGUUCAUAGCGGGAUCAUCAUUGGAUUUUACAUGCCCGCCAUCAUCGCCGGCUGUUGUCAGGCCCCUCAAGAACAUCCUUAG